UCUUUCAUUCUCUCUAAAGCUCUCUCACUCUCUAUUCCAUCGAGAAUCAUUUCACAUUCAAUCUCCACUCUCUCCCUUGUCUCUUUCUCUGGCUGGCUGGCUGGCUAGCUACGCCUCUUGUUUCCAUGGAUAGAGUUCUGGGGUUUCACGUGCCAUGUUUAGCUCUGCUUCUGGUGCUUACUACAACAUGGGCAGAAGACAGGCUAAUAAGUCCAUCCCAGUUGGAAAUGUUUGUUGACGAGCUUCCAGAUAUGCCCAGAAUCCAUGGUUUUGAUGUUGUGAAUGGUGUUCCCAAACCUAAGCAACUCAGGAUUGGCAUGUUCAAGAAAGAAUGGAAAUUUCAUCGAGACUUGCCUCCAACACCUGUGUUUGCUUACGGCGUAUCGAAGAACAAUGCAACCGUCCCUGGUCCAACAAUUGAGGCAAUUCAUAUCGUUGACACCUACGUGACGUGGGAAAAUCACCUUCCUUUGAAACACAUACUUCCAUGGGAUCCAACAAUUCCAACUGCCAUACCUGCCACAAAGAAGGGUAUUCCUACUGUCGUGCACCUCCAUGGUAGCAUUGGUGAACCCGAGAGCGAUGGACAUGCAGAGUCAUGGUUCACCAAUGGAUUUGUAGAGAAGGGACCCACUUGGACCAAGAAAACAUAUCAUUACCACAACUUUCAACAACCAGGAAACUUAUGGUACCAUGAUCAUGCAAUGGGAUUGACCAGAGUCAACUUAUUAGCUGGCUUAGUUGGAGCCUAUAUCAUUCGCCAUCCUGAAGUUGAGGCCCCACUUGGUCUACCUUACGGCGAUGAGUUUGAUCGGAUUUUGAUGGUGUUUGAUCGGAGCUUUAGUAUCAAUGGUUCCAUAUAUAUGAACUCUACAGGAAAUAAUCCCUCAAUACAUCCACAAUGGCAGCCCGAGUAUUUUGGCGACGCAAUUAUCGUUAAUGGGAAAGCAUGGCCACGUAUGACUGUACGACGUCGUAAAUAUAGAUUUCGCAUUAUAAAUGCCAGCAAUGCUAGAUUUUUCAGAUUCUUUUUCACCAAUGGGCUUGGAUUCAUCCACGUGGCAGCUGACUCUGUAUAUCUCGAAGAGCCUGUAGUAACAAAUGAAACCCUCCUAGCUCCAUCGGAAGUUGCUGACGUGGUUGUUGAUUUUUCAACGUCCAAGUCUGACACUGUUAUUCUUGCCAAUAGUGCAAAUUAUCCUUUUCCAGAUGGUGACCCAGUCAAUGAGGCAAAUAAAAAGGUGAUGAAGUUCAUCGUCAAGAAGGAUCUAGAGGUAGACCCGUGGAGAGUGCCCAAAAAGUUGAUAAAAUAUCCUUUUCCUAAACUAUCCAGUGCAUCACAAACUCGAUACAUCGCCAUGUAUGAGUACACGAGCGAUAUUGAUGAGCCAACCCAUCUUUACAUCAACGGUAAAGCUUACGAGGAACCAGUGACUGAGACACCAAAAGAGGGAACCACAGAGGUAUGGAACGUAAUCAAUCUAACGGAGGACAAUCAUCCGUUGCAUAUUCAUUUGGGAUUGUUUGUGGUGAUGGAUCAAACGGAAUUGAUCAAUAUAGAUGAGUUUAAAGCUUGCAUGUCCAAAUUGAAUGAUGCAAUUAAAUGCCAAAUGGACAAGUAUGCACGUGGUAAGAAGUUAGAGGUGCAGGCCCACGAGAAAGGGUGGAAGAACGUGUACAAGAUGACGCCCGGAUAUGUGACAAAGAUUGCAGUGAGAUUUGGUUACAUACACUCGAAUGCAUCUUAUGCAUUUGAUGCAACUGCAGACCCUGGUUACGUCUACCAUUGCCAUAUAUUGGAUCAUGAAGACAAUGUCAUGAUGCGGCCCUUGAAGAUAAUCCGUUGAGGAGGCGAACUGAGAACAUAUUUGAUGCUUCAAACGGAGAAGUCCAAAAGCUGAAUCAGUAAUGUAAUACAACAACAUAAGAAUGGUGUUAAAUUUUAGACCUUGUUUGGUAGAUUAUAAUGCAAUUUUAGUGUAUUACACACAUAGAUGGAUAUUGAGGCACAUAUAUAUUAAACAAAAGUGUACACAAAAGUAAAAUAUUCUAAUGGGAUAUGAAUGAGUUUUUAAA